UACACACAUUUACAGUACACACACGUUUACAAGCACACAGCACGCCCUCCACGACUGGCAGUGUCACGUGUGUGGGUCCAGGAGGUUUUUAUUGCAAUAGGGAGAACAAUGGUUGCAGGUCUCCAGGAUAUAGGCUUCCAUGGACCAAGCGUAAACAGUGACAGGAGCCUGGCUACCACCCACUCUGGCUGCACUCCUUCACCCGCUCACUGGGAUGGAGAGACGCACGAGGAGGGCGGCCAGGCAGCCGGAGAGAAACUGUUUGCAAAAUGUAGAGAAGGAGAAACAGGAGCCAGAGGAGGAGUUGCAGGGGACUAGUUUGUUUCAUCAGUGUAUGUCCCUCAGGAGGCUGACCCAUUCAGAAGAAGAUAUGAAGUUCCUGUUACACCGGCUGAUCGUCAUCGCCGCCCUCCCGCAGAGCCUCGCUGACAGGCAGAAGCUGGGAGCCCACUACGAGGAGCUGAACGUGCGACUGCAGAGGCAGUACCAUGUGGAAGGCAUCAGCGGCCUUCUGUUGAUGUAUCCCUCUUGCCUGCUCCACGUCAUCGAGUCUUCCUCUGAGGUGUUGGUGUCUCUCCUGCAGAACCUUAAGGACCUACAAGAAGAGGGCCGUCAGGUGGAAACUGCAAAGGUAGUUCUCAUGUCACAUGACCUGCCGAAUAGACUCUUCCAUCAGUGGAGCUACAAGGUGCUGACGAUGCAGACCCGGACCCUGGGAGAGGAGGCUGAAGGAGAGAGUACAGACGCCCUGGUUGACACAGUCCGCUCCAUGAUUCUGAAGCUAGGCACCCACCUCGAAAUAGCCAGCGAGGCUCUCCCGGGCUCGGUCCUGGAGGAGGCUCCAGAGCUGGUGGUCCCUCAGGAGGUCUUGAUCCGCCUGCUGGCCUGUCCAGAGCUGCUGAGCCCCCAGCAGUACCUGCAGACCUAUCACUCUCCUCUCAACAUCUGCAUGGACUCUGGUCACGUUUUUGGAAGCAGCUGUGCAACCACCGUGUAACAUGUUUGGUCUUUAAAGGUAUGAAUCCUCAUGCAUGUUACUUGUACCUCCUAAAACAAAUCAGAUGUUAUCUCGCAGACGUAACUUCAUUUUCUCCUCUGUGUCGUUAUUGAAUUUGUUAUUUACGAUCAAUCCAGGGUGACACUGAGACAAAUGUGGGUUGUGUACUUUCUACAGAUGUAUUAUUGGGCCUGAAGAGUUGCACCUGGUAUGCAAUGUGAGUUUGCUGUGGUAGUACCAAUAGAGGGCGGUAUUCUGUCAGAGAUAGCUUCUAGGUGGCCUUUUAUAUUGUCUGUUCCAAAGUGGAUUUGCUGUUAUCUUGUCAGUGUUUAUAUUUUAGUAUAUAGUAGUACACUUGUGAUUUACGAGACGCUUUUACCCAAACUGACUAACAGUGAAUAUAUAGGUAGGUUUUAUUUCAUGCAGUCACUCAGUGUGAUAUGCUCUGCCGCCUUGUUUAAAUGUCGUCCCUCACGCCCAAUGAAUGCGUCUACAAGCAACUCAGACCAAACCACAGACGAUGUAUAUAGAAAAAACAUUUUAAUAGGUUGAACAUUCUAAUGAGGCUUCUUUUUUUGAUCGUACAGUACACUGUGUUCCACGUAUAAUUUGUCAUAUUCAAGCAAACCAUCUCUACUCGUCAAAACGAGUCCAGAGUUUGACACAAAGGGCUAAAAUGUUCCUUCAAUCCGUAGUUUAUUUCCUUUUUCUUAUUUUGGCCCCAGUGAGAUGGUAGAAAUAAACAGUAAGAAAAUAACCUGUGAUGAUAGAACCAGGAGACAGUCCAGCAAACAAAUUCACGACGCCGUUUACAGAAAACAUGGUCUUUAGUUCGUGUUUGUUUGUUGCUUAUCAACCGAUAAGUACUCGUAAUGGCCUGCAGCUCGGGAAGGAAUACGAUUUUCAUUAGAUAGCAACGUACAGCAUUUACAGAACUUUCUGGUGUUCGGUGAAAAUGUAAACUGAUCGUACAUACGAAGAUACUAGUCGAGCUUUGCUCAGCAUUCUGCAAAUUCUCACAGACGGGGAGUAAAAGAUGGCGUUUCCCAUGGAAACUGCAGUGUGCAUGGAUCAGCUCAGGGGAGCACAGAAUUAUGGGCUGAAUUUUGCACGGGUUUUUGUUUGUCUCGUUUAAAAUAAAUACAAGCACACGUACAUACUGGGCGCAAGAAUGAGACAUGUUUGAUAGGCAUGGUCAAAAGGCAUGCUGCUGUUUUGUACAAAGAGGACAAUGUCUAACCCAAACGUUUCCCAGAUUGUGCCACAACACAGUUUUAUCAAAUAUCCCUCUCCACAUUUGAAACGUAAAAACUACACUGACAAAACACAACAUCCCCAUGACAACCACUUAUGGGGUGAACUUUUAUUUUUUACCCAUGUCCACAGUACAUUCCACCUAUUCAAUAAAUAGCCUUUGAUUUAUUUUUUGUUUUCAUCUUUAAAAGGGCAUGCUUUAAAAAAAUUACAAUACAGGAAAAUGUUUCUGGAUCUGGUGAAUGCCGAUCUCUGUUUAACAGAAUGACUGCUCGUAAAGUUGGGUCAAGUGAAUAUUUACAGGCCUAAAUAGUAAUCCUCUUUUGUACUGGAUAACAAACAGCACAAUACAGUUUUACAAAAGAGACCCAGGCUUUUAACAAUGACUCGUUUCCAUCAUUGAAGGCUCCAAACUUCAACGUCUGGAAACAGUCACUGUUUUGAAGGACUAUUUCACCAGGGAAUUGUUUUACCUAUAUUCAUAAAAGAAAAUGUCUGCAAAUAAAAUUGUAUAAAAUAUAUUUAGUCAAAUCCCUUCAAAUGUUUGGGUGGACAACGUAAUUGCUGUCAGUUGUGAAUGAA